ACUUGAACCUGCUCUCGCUGAAUCGGUGUCCGGCUUCAACGGAAAAUUAAUAAGAUGUCGCUCUUCCAGCAGCCCCGCUGGCUACGGAAAUGGAUUCGCCGUCGCACGAACCCGCUACCGCUUGAUCGGGCUGCACUCUGGAAGCGGCGCUUGAGUGUGGUUUAUGCCGUCCUCGCGUGGAAUGCCUUUGGCGGAGUCUGCUACAUGAUCUACACCGGCCGCAACGACUGGGCCAAGUACUAUGGCUACAAAACGGAGGAGGAGGCGAAGCUACCGCAAGCCAUUCGAUUCGCCCACCAGCUUAAUCUGCCCAACGCAAAGGUGAUCAAAUACAGCGGAUUCACGAAGGCGGACGAGUACGAGCUGAAGGAUAAUGAAGUGAUCCGUCCGUCUGAGAGUGCGGCAUCGAGCGAGCAAAAGUAACCGCCAUACGCCGGGGUGACACGCUUCCUAGGUUAAUUUACUUUAUUCGUGUAGAUAAAAUGAUCGUAUAUCAAUGA